CAUGGUUGUCAGGCAUGGCGUGCUGUGUGUUUACAUUUUUGUUGGUGGAAUGGAUCGUACGAAAUGUUUAGAAGAAAGUUUACGGGAAGCUUCUUGUAUAGGCGAUAUAGAAGCGGUUGAAGAAUUGAUUAGCAAAGGAAUAAACGUCAAUUCUAAACAUGCCCUCAAUGGAUGGACGGCUCUGCACUGGGCUGCGAAGCGCAGCCACAAGCACAUAGUGACGUUGCUGUUGGCGAGCGGCGCUGACCCUUCCCUGCCGACCGCGAAGGGGGAGCGAGCAGCGGAGCUGUGCAGCAGCCCCGAGAUCCGGCAGCUCCUCGGCGCAGACCCGGACACGGCUCAGUUGGAUGCCGGCCCGGCGCUCCCCAUCACGCCGGCAUACCUCAAGUACGAGCCGGUGGACAAGCUGGGGCACAAGUGCAGGGCGUCCGGGAGGGCGGACACCGCUGCGGACUCCCAUCUGGCCGUUACUUCCCCGAGGGUGAUGGCACAGACAAGUGAAGAGCUGGUGAUCAAGGUGCGGGUGGCCAACUCGGGGGACCGGGACUUCAUCGAGGUGGAGCUGCCGCGCGCGGACCUGACCUACUCGCGCCUGCUGCGCGUGUGCUGCGAGGAGCUGGGCGUGAGCGCCGGCCAGGUGGCGCGCGUGCGCAAGCUGCCCGACACGGCCGUGCGCAAGGACAAGGACGUGCAGCGGUUCCGCGAGCUGCAGGAGCUGGAGCUGGUGCUGGCGGCCGCCGGCGGGCGGGGGGCCGGCCCCUCCGUCGUCGCCAACGGCCUCGUCGCCCCCGGCAACGCCAACGCCUACCAGUCCAUCUCGCUCUACAAGAACCAGACUAUUUUGUACUAGGCCCGUGGGGCGGCCGGCAGCUCUGCAAGUCGAGACAGCGGUGCGCACAGUAGCUCAAUUGAAAACAGACCGAUGAUCCAGAAUCUCUGUUAUUUUAACAUUUUUUUUUUUUCGCUUACCGUUAUUUGUGAUUGCAUGCUCAAGUUUUUGUGAUAACAUUGCAAAUGGUCUCAACCAAGUUUACUUGUGUUAUUUUAUUAUUUGUUUUGUGUAACGAGGCAGAAAUUGUUAAACCAAUACAUCUCAAGAGACAUUCUAAAGCAUGAAUUAUUUUUGUGCAACGUGUUCCAGUAAAGAUAAAUGAGAUAAUUCAGGAAUUCCAUGUUCUGGAAAGGAAUGUUAGCAUUGGUCAGGGAAAGUAAUGGAAUUUACUUGAAGACCGUGGGAAAGUCGUGGAAAUCCCCAGUAAUAGUAAUUUAAGGGGAAAAUGUCAUGCUCCAGUCUACCAUCAUCCAGUCUGUGAAAGGAUUUUUUUUUUUAGAUAGUGUUUUAGUGCAUAGUGUUAGGCUGGGUUCAUAAUUAAAAAACAUGAGCGAGUGCACAGCAGGCUACGUGCACGAUUGUGCACAAGAUUUGUGCGAAAAGGUUCACGAUUGAAAUCUUACUGUUAAUUUCAGCCACUGAAAUUUCGGGAUGUAUCUGACAUCUGUUGGCAGUGUUAGUAACUAACUAUAUUAACUACCAAAUGAUUAUCCCGUGACAUCUGAUCAGUAAUUUGUUAGAACAGUUUUUCAGUAUAUAUAUAAAUAUGAGUUAUAUAAAUUUUUGAGUUAACCAUUAAAACCACGACACAUUUUUUAGUUACAAUUUUGGCUAGUGACUUAUCAGUAAUAACAUUAAUUAAUUUUUUAAGCAAGAAUUACACCUAAGGAUUGUGAUAUCUAGACGAUUUCUUGCCUCAAUAUGAUUGAUAAAUAUAAACAGUUCUCUAGUCCCGCCAAAAAUGGCUUUCUACUCUACUCUCAUUGGCUAUCGCACCAUGUGUCCGUAACAAAAAUAAAAUAUGUACAUAAUAUUCAUUUCCCUCCAAUGCGCAGGACCCUCCUAUGCCAUAUUGUGAAUCAGUAGGUUCGAAAACCCUGCGGUCAAAUCUUCUGAAUCCAGCCUUAGACACUAUAAAAUUGUGUAUAGAUGGUUCUGUUUGAUUUAUGUUAUUUAUUUAUAUUUUAUAAUUGUAUGUCAACUAUGGUGAUUAUGAAGGCUGGGUUUUCGUUAUUUCUUUCAGAAAAUUGGAUAAUUAAAAUUUUAUUUUUUAAAGUUUGGUAAAAUUUAAAAUUCUAGUCAGGGAAAAAUUAUUAUAGUUUUGUGUGGACACCCUGAUAUUGUUUUUUGCAUCUUUGCCUUUUUUUCUUUUUUCCUUUGACGGGAAAACGAGAGUACGUUGAAGCAUCAUUAUAGAGUACCCUUUUUUUUUAAAGAUUUCACAGUUUAAAGGUUUUAUUUUCAGAUCUGAGCUACUGCAAAUUUAGUAACUGUUCAGUGCAAACAGUACAAGGGGAGGGGGCAGUAACGUCAAUUACCCAGGUAGGACGUGCUCCCGCGACCAUGCGCCGCUCUGUACGAGCCGGCGGUAUGAAUGACAUGGCAUCCAUUAUUGGUGAUUCAUUCUUUCCAUCCUUCACCUUCUUCCACCUCCCUUCUUGUCAACCAGUUCACCACCGUGAGGGAGUUUCCGGAAGCUGGCGACCUCCCGCGAGUUUCGUGUAAGGGGACAGUUUUGAUUCCUACUUCCCCUCCCUUCAUCCUCCUUGUCCUGGCUUCACCCUCUGGGCCAGAAUAUAUGAACAAUGGUUGGAAUUAUUGUUGUGUAUCAAUGCUAUGCGGGUUUUUCAAUGUGUUUACUUUCUGCAUUUUCUUUCAGUGUCAUCUGUUCUACAGAGAUAGCCUGUCAUCACUGGCCAUGCCAGUGUGGAUAGCUUUGCUCAGGAGCAAGAAAUGGUGGUUAAAAGACAGUGUUCUUAGUUGCUGGUAUGCAGGUUUGGUUAAAUAAAAAAACUUAACUGUAAUCAGGGUGCUUGCAAGUAGGAAUCAAAAUGUGGGGAAUCAUUGUACAAGAUGACAUAGCAGGACUUACUGUACGCAAGUUACGUGACAUUAUUCUGGCUGAAGAUGUUGGGAGCAGCGUGCAUUCGAGAUUUCUACUUUGGCUUUCAUGAGAGACAAUGAAACCGUUGGUGGAGAGAAAAGAGUAAUUUAAAUAAUGUAAACUUAUGUUACGGUACUCAUUAAUAUUACGAUUAAAUAGAGAAUAGAUCUCAUGUAAGGGUUUUCUUUUUCAAGCAAUUUUAGUGGUGAAAUAUACAUCUACUAUUUGUGAAUGUAAAUGGUUGGAAUUUUGUGAAUUCCCUAAAUCGUCCGCCUAUCCUUUGUCAGAUUUUUUAUGUUCUUGAAGGAAGUGAACAGGCCUAUGUAUAGAAGUGGAGAGAGUAAUUGCACCAUUGUAAUCUUGAAAGCAUUUUCUUUAUUAUUUAUUGCUUUUAAACAUCAUAGAAAGUGUGUUUUGUAUUAAAGAUUUGUAAAUACAAUGCUCUUUAAAAAA